CGCUCUCAUUGGCUGCGGGACGUCUGGCUGCGGGAGCGGGCCUUUUGGAGGAGACCGGAAGUGGAGGAACUGAGAGGUGACCAGAAAUGGAGAGAAAAGUAAGCAGAAUCUGUCUUGCUUCUGAACCUGAUGUAAUUCAUUUUCUACAAGUGGCUUGGGAGAAAACACUGGGAUCUGGUUUUGUUAUUACACUUACUGAUGGUCAGUCAGCAUGGACCGGGACAGUUUCUGAGUCCGAGAUUUCCCAAGAAGCCGAUGACAUGGCAUUGGAAGAAGAGAAAUAUGUUGAUGAACUGAGAAAAGCAUUGGUAUUAGGAGGAGGACCAGCUGAUGCAUACAAAUUUGAUUUUUCUAGAGAGUCUUGUCAUUUCUCCUUUGAGAAAAACCUGAAAGAUGUUUCAUUCAGACUUGGUUCCUUCAACCUGGAGAAAGUUGCAAGUCCAGCUGAGGUCAUUAGAAAACUUAUUUGUGAUUGCCUGGAUACUAUCACAGAAAACCAAGCCAAAAAUGAGCACCUGCAGAAGGAAAAUGAAAGGCUUCUGAGAGAUUGGAAUGAUGUUCAAGGACGAUUUGAAAAAUGUGUGAGUGCUAAGGAAGCUGUGGAGACUGAUCUUUAUAAACGGUUUAUUCUGGUGCUGAAUGAGAAGAAAGCGAAGAUUAGAAACUUACAUAAAUUAUUAAAUGAAGUUCAAGAACUAGAAAAGAACAUUGAGCCUGAAAGGGAAACCACAACGUGUUCUGAAAUGACUGCUGACAGAGAUGCAGUCUAUGAUGAAAGCACUGAUGAGGAAAGGGAAAACCUGCCUGAUCCUUCUGUGUUAGCUCCAGCUACUUUAAGAGGAGAUGAUUCCAUUAUUUCAAGUCCUGAUGUCACGGAUAUUGCACCAAGUAGAAAGAGGAGGCAGCGGAUGCAAAAGAAUCUUGGGACAGAACCUAAAAUGGCUUCUCAGGUACAUGGGCCUCAAGAAAAGGAGAAGCUUGAUCCUUCACUACCUGAGACGUCAAAAAAGGAGCACAGCUCAGCUGAAAACAUGUCUUUAGAAACUCUAAGAAACAGUAGUUCAGAAGACCUCUUUGAUGAGAUUUAACUGUCUCAAAAAGGUACUUUGAUGUUCACGAGACUAUGUUUUCUGUUCAUUUCUUUAAAAAAGCAAGAUUUCAACUCAGCAGCAGCUAUUACUGUACCUUACAAUUUAAUUACAUACACACUGAAUUGAAACCAUUGUGCAAAAUGGAUUAUACAUGUAUAUGAAGAUGUGAUUUGAUGACAGUGGUACAUUAUUCUAAACUAUUCAUUCACAUGCCUGUAAUUACAUAAAACCUCAGACUUUUUAUUGCAAAGGACACAUUUAUCUUAUUUAAUUCACACAUAUUAUAUGUGGUAGCUGUCUAACAUCCUGUCUAGGAAGAUUUUAGAAAUAGGACAAAGAAAAUGUCUACAGUUCUUUUUUGAAUAAUCAUAUUCUGAACAGUGAGCAUUUUAAUCUGUGAAGUGAUGUAUAAAAUUUAUUUUUAGUUUGUACACAAUCUCAGAAUCUGAUGACAAAAUUGUUGAUGCAUUGAAGAUUUUGUGUUCCUAAUAAAAUAUGUUAUUUACCUUA